GGGUGGAACAGCCUCAAUCAAUAUGUUCGGUCGUGUUUGAGGGAGUGCAAUAUUCCGGUUGAUGUGGGACCAUGCAGCCGCCUCCGAGAAAAGGCAACUAUGCAAAGUUCCUUAAGAAUCUGCAUACAGAGCAGCUUGCUAAGCUUCAACUUAAAAACCAAAAUGAAUGUGAACUUCUUGAAGAUAUUAGGAAUUUUAUAAUCAAACGCUCACAAAUAGAAAAAUCUUACUCCGAGGCACUUCUGAAGAUUUCUUCAGCAUUCUUAAACAAGAAAAUACCCAAUAUUCCUGAUAUCAAGACAGAAGGGUCAGAAGAAAAAUGGAACAUGUGGAAUGUUUGGCGAACUGUGCUGGAAGAAAACGAGAAGCUCGCACGAGCUCGUCUAGCCGCUGUCGAGGUCUUCUCUCAGCACGUGGCAGACGAUGCGAAGAUCCUGAGAAAUCACAAAAUCAUCAGUGCUAAAAAGACCGUAGAUCAGUUGGCAACCGUACAGAAAGAGCUGCAAGCAUGUGUCCUAGAUAUUGAUAAAACAAAAAAGCUCUACUUUGAUGAAGAACACAGUGCUCAUGAUGUACGGGAUAAAGCAAAGGAUAUUGAAGAAAAGUUGAAGAAGAAGAAAGGUUCAUUUUUCCAAUCGAUAACUUCACUUCAAAAAAACAGUGCAAAGGUAACAUCUAAAAGAGAUCAACUGGAAGAAAAGUCUUCAGGAGCUAGGAAUGACUAUUUGCUAAGUCUAGCAGCAGCAAACGCUCACUCCAUCCGAUACUUUGCUGUGGACUUGCAGAAUGCCAUUCAGUUUAUGGAAGCGAAUGUUUAUGAAAGAGUUCAAGAUUACUUGAUGCUCAUCGCAAGAACAGAAUUGCUCACAUGUACAGCGACACAGACUUCAUUCGGGAGAAUAAAGGAACAAGCUCAUCAGUUAAGUCGAGACUACAAUAUACAAUGUGUGUACCUAUACUAUCCAGUAUUAAAGCAACAUAUAACGUAUGACUUUGAACCUUGUGACAACGAUACAAUAGAGAAAAUAACAGCGGAACACACAUCUGCUGUUGAAACAUUGAGAAGAGAGGCGAAACGAUGGGCCACAAGAAUAGCAAGGGAGAACAAUAAUAUCAGAGAAUCGACUCGUAAACUUCAAGUCUUCCAAGCUUUGCGAGAUUCUGGGCAAAAGAAUGACCCUAAUGAUCCGAAUGGACCAGAUCUGGAAACGAAAAUAGACGAGCUUCGACAAUCAAUAAGGAGAUCUGAGACUGCCAAAGUGAAAGCAGAAGCAAGAAUUGAAUGUUUGCGAGCAGGCGGAGUUAACGUAGAGGAAUGGAUGCAAGAAGUGGACAACCUGAGUGUUCAAGACCUGCCUCGGUCUGCCAGUUCCAUGUCUGUACACACUGAUGCUUCAGGAGCUGGGGAGCCUCCAGGGUCCGACUCUAUGUACGAUAGUGACUACAACGACGCAAGUUCAGACCUAGUCGGAGCCGAGAGGGAGAAAUCUCAGGAGGAAGAGGUUGUUGAGCAGCCGGAGACGUCUGAAGUGGACGGAGAAUGGGCCAUGCUAGAGCAGGAGCGACAGAGGAUAGAGCAGCUAACAGCUGGCUGGGACGACCCGACGCAAGUAGACUGGGGUGCGGAGGAGUCUAGUGAAGUUACGACAGACACUGCGGAGACAGUUGUAGCCAACCCUGAUGCUACGGUCACUUACAAGUGCACUGCUCUCUACAAUUACACUGCCCAAAACCCAGAUGAGUUAUCGAUAGUGGAGAACGAACAGUUGGAAGUGAUUGGAGAGGGAGACGGAGAUGGUUGGUUGAGAGCCAGGAACUACCGUGGCGAGGAGGGCUACGUACCCCACAACUACUUAGACGUGGAGCGCGAGACGGCAACCAACGGAAGUGCUCUGCAGAGCGGUGGCUCCACAUAUCAGCUGACCAGUCAGAUUUCAUUCUCCUCUGUGGACUACACGGUUGAUGAAGUGGAAGAGCCAAGCGAACAAAGCAUUCAGCAAGACACUGUACGAGAAGUUCACAAACCUACACACAUCGAUAUCACUGGAGGCAAAGACCAGAGGACAUGGGCAAUAGCUCUGUACGAUUACGAAGCUACAUGUGAAGAUGAGAUCACAUUCAACGAAGGAGAGGUUCUGGAAAUUUUACGCAAGAUUGUGCAUGACAAUGUUGACGACGGAUGGUGGGAGGGGAAGAUUGGAGACCAAGUUGGACUUUUCCCUUCUCUCGUCGUAGAGGAGUGUAGAGAGAACGGGGAACCACUUACGCCUGAGGGGGAUGACACCCCUCCAGGCUCUGCGCCACCUGUGUUCACACCACCUGAUAUUCCACCCUUCAUGCUGGCGCCUCAGUCUGUCAUAGUCACACAGCCCACACCAUGUGGAGACCAGCCUUCACUGGGAGAAUCUUCGGACAAAAAAUCUUCUCAAUCAUUCUCAAUGGCGAUGACCAGGAAUCAGCAGGACCAGUAUGAGUCACAGUUUGAUGGCGAUAUCCAGAUUGAAGUUACAGUGGACGAGGAGGAAUCAGAAAGCACAGCCAAGGUGAUAGUGGUUGAGCCGGGUGGGGGAGGUCGCCCACCCCCGCCUGCAGCAGCACCUGCGUCUGCGGGGCUCGGGGUGGCUCAGAUAGUCAUCACUGCCGCUACUCCUAUGAUGGAAGAGCCUGAGAAACCAUUUCCACCCCUGCCAGAAGAGGUUCAAGAACCAGAGGAACCUGAGAAGACCGCAGAAGAGGUUCCACCGGAAUAUUCAACGGCUUGUGAAGUAAAAGAAGUGAAAGAGAAGCUGCCACCAGUAGUGCCUGAAGAUCCAGACGACGACCAACCUACAGACUCAGCCCCCUUCCCCAUCAGCAGCAGUACAGGCAGUGAAGAAGACACUUACACGGGGCCUAGUACGGCUGACAACUCCCAGAGUCACUCGCACCCCGCCGCAGCCCCACCAGUGAUACCAGACGAGCUGGAACCACAUCAGCUGGCCCGGCUACAGGAUCUCAAGGAGUCUGACGCAUAAUUCCAACGUCAAUAAUCCUGCACAUACUUUCCACAUUUCAGUUCAGUUUUUGUUGUCAUUGAUCAUAAAGAGUCAGGUAAAUGGGAGUUUACAAGCUAAAAGUCAGCAUCCACUCGUUUGGUAGCUGCAUUGAAAAAGCUUUGAAAAAAGUUGACUCUAUUAAUGACGUUACAAGCUUCUCAAUUGCAUUUGCGCAAACCCGAUUGUAAACUAAGUGUACUCACCGUUACUUGUGAAUAAGAGACAAGUUGGUCCUGAUGAUGUUAGAGGAAUUGGUUAUUGGCAGGGGUUGUAAUUUGUCUUCUAAAGCAAGUUAUUAAAAAACAUAAGAUAGAAAACGGAAAGAGUGGGUGUAACUGUGGGUAGGGCGUUGCGGUGUAUGGCGCAUCAAAUACAUUAUCAAAAGACCUGAAUGUUUCUAUUUGGCUACUAAGCGAGUGGAAAGUUUCAUGUGUACUCAACAGCUAGCACACUCGCCAACUCGCUGGUUUCUUACUCACUGACCUCUAGCUUGUAAACAUUCUCCGAACUUGAACCUUAAUAUUUACAUCUGGGUAGAUAGUGGUUACAGAGCUUGCCUUUUAAUAAAAUAUUGUAAGUUUGAGAGAAAAGAUUAGGUACCUAUUUUGUUGGUUCAAAGUUGGAUCUGGAUUACGCGUAAAUUCAUUAAAGAAUCAGCUGGUUUUAGUCUGCAACAAAGAUACAACAAUAAACUUUUUACAAUUGUAGUUUAUUCUAAUUUGUGUUAAAAUAUACCUUAGCGGCUUUUCCAUCUUAAAAAAAAAACAAGCAAUAAAUUUGAUUUUGAGUAACAGUCUACUCAUAAAAAGUUCCAGUAUACUAUAUAGUAAAAAAAAAAAUCAUCCUUUGUCAAAUAAUUUUACAAAUUUAUGUUUUGAAAGAUGCUUUUGCAAUGUGAGAUCCAAGUACCCAAGUAAGGCAUAUUUUAAGCCAAAUAUGAUUAAGAAUAUUAAUUUUUAAACUAUGAAUGU